AUGGGAGAGCUACAGUAUUAUGUCGGAGUCAGCGUUGUCCAGGAUAAACAGAAUAACCGACUAUGGCUACACCAGAGACAGUACAUUAACAAAAUAGUCGUAAAGUUUGGACAAGCUGAAGCUAAAACGGUCGCAACGCCUGCUGACGUGAAUGUCAAGUUAAUCAAAGAAGACAGAGUCAGUAAACCAGUUGAUCCAACGCAAUACCAGUCCAUCAUCGGAAGUUGUCGCCACUCGCCACUUGCAGUCGCCACUCGUCCAGAUAUUGCAUAUGCAGUGGGAGUUUUGUCAAAAUUUUGUGCUAAACCGUCGGAAGCACAUCUAACUGCUGCUAAACGAGUUCUACGAUAUUUAAAAGGAACUGAAAAUCUUGGCUUGAAGUACGAUGGAUCCACUGACGAAAGUUUAACGGUCUACUCCGAUGCUGAUUGGGCAGGUGACCUUGAUGACCGACAUUCUACUAGUGGUAAUGCAUUAAUUAUGGCAAGUGGAGCAGUAAGCUGGUUGAGUAAGAAGCAACCGACAGUUGCAAUGUCGACAGCAGAGGCAGAAUAUGUCGCCUUGAGUUUCGCUACGCAAGAAACAAUAUGGCUUCGUCAGUUACUUGGUGAUAUUGGUCAACCGUUGGCUGAAGCAACUGUGAUCUACGAAGACAACCAAGCAGCUAUUUCGAUAGCGAAGAAUCCUGUAUCGCAUGCACGAACCAAGCACAUUGAUACACGCUAUCAUUUUAUUCGUGAGGAGCUACAAAGUGGAGUUAUUGCUCUCGAGUACGUUCCAACAAGUGAAAUGGUCGCAGACAUUCUGACGAAACCGUUAUCGAAAUCUCAGUUCGUGAAACUCCGAAAUGCUCUUGGACUAGAACUUAUUGUUUAA